GACGCCUUUACAGGCAACGUAUCUGCUAAUGGGUUGAAUCCGUCCUGGCGGGUCGCGCGCUGAAAUCCAUAGACAUGACCUCUCAGGAACUUCUAGGCGGUCUCCCUCCUAGUCUUGGGAAUGUCGUGUCCAGCUCCCGGUUGGUUACAUGGCGAUCCUUGAGUGUUAUAGCAUUCAGCUUGCAGCUAGUUCAUGUGCUCGUCUGACGAGCUCUCACCUGGUGCAGGUAGCUUGCUUACUGCUGCUGCUGUUCCGUUAUAUCGUUGCAACAUCUCAGCAUGUUGAUCAAUCCGACAUCAAUGGCUCCUGCUGCAGACUAUUCACGUGUCGUCGACUCGGACAAAGAGCAUGAGGCAGGUUCCAGUCCGGCCAGAAAGAGUCCAUGUCAAGAGUUCGAUCAAGAGAUUUCGUCCGCGACAAAAUGGCAUUGGGCAUCAGUACUUUGGCGGCUCCUUUGUGCAGUCUCUUUCUUGCUCCUCGCUUUGUCAGGAUUUCUGCUGUCUAGAAGCAUCGCUGCAGGAGGAAGUGAACCAAAGCUGAAAGGGGUUGCUUCACUGACCCUAGCAAACACAACAGUUCUCAGUCAAACAGACAGCAGGUAUUCAACUUACUCAUUACCAGAGCCAAACGACCCUCACAAUUUUGAAGACUUCCCUGCGGGGCUGUGUUGGAGCUCGUCCAUCCAUGGCGGUUGGAGCAUAUUAUCGAACGAAACUGGAGCAUCUGAACAAGACGCUUCGAAAAUUGACAUUCGUCCUGGUGGCGUCAUGAUUUAUGGAGAUGGAUGCAAACUAUGCCAUAUUGGUCAGCCUUGCUCUUUCUACAUUGCGGUGCAAUCACCAGCCCGUUGGCUCCCUGCUUCCGCAUCGUCCUCCCUUCAAUGGGACAUGAUGGUCACUCUGAAAGGGCCUUCCCUGAUUCAUGUGCAUCUGACAACGCUGAAGGCUGAUUCUCCAGGACAGUCUGUGUUCCUUGCCUCUUAUACACCAUGGGACGAUGGCGAUUACAGCAUGGAAUUUCGAGUUGAUGGCUUCAAUCUUAACUACACAAAUAACUGGAACCGCUUGGGACAGCACGUUUUUGCAAGAGUACCUGUUUUGGUGCUUCCAGGAAGCCAAUCACAUGAUUCGCUGGAGCAACCUGAAACCAAUAUGGAUUUGCCAGCAACCACGAGCCCAUGUUCGCAUGGGAUUUAUGGUCGAUGGCUUGCGGACAGUGAGCCCACGAGCCAAGAAGCUGACUCGACUGACUCCACGCCAAGAAAUGCUGACACAGAAGGCACCAAACCCGCUUACGUACAAAAUGUGACAGCUGCGAAAUACAGGUGGACAUUCUUCUCCUGCGCCCGUGCUGCUUCCUUGAAUGACAUGCUUUGGACAUUGUGGAAGGAGGCGGGAGUAUGGGAGGUGAAUGUGAUUGGAGACUCGCACAUGAGAGGGUUGAUCGUGCACCUCUGGUCCAUGCAUACAGGCAUGAGCCAUAAUAUGACUCUGGUGAGGCAUGGUGACAUCUCCUACACGCUCAAUGUGACUGCACCAGAAGCAGCAGGAGAUGCUCCAGCUGGUGGCAACGAGGUGAAGGAAGGAGUUAUUCGUGUGAAGUACAACUGGCUGGAUGGCAUAUAUGACAACAACGUGGCAGGAUGCACUCGCAGAGGCAGAUAUUCCAACCACACAACCACAUAUCCCACACCAUCACCAACAGCAGACGUCACAGUCGUAGGCACAGGGCACUGGACGUUUGAGUUCUGCUCUGAUGGUGCUGUCGCCUACCCCCACUAUCUCCCUCACUUCCUCUCCUCCCUCCACCUCCUCCGUCCCAAGAAGCCUGCUGUUUUCUUCGGUCUGCCUUCCUUCUGGGUGGCAGAUCGCAGGUGGAUCAGAAGGACAAAUGCUAUGCUGGCAUAUGGCAAUGGGAUUGCACAGCCCCUAGCUCGCCACAUGGGCCUGUCUUACUUUGACACGUGGCAGGUUACUGCGCCUCAGUAUAGGGCCACAUGCUCCUCAACUGAUCCCCAUUACUCAUGCCCAGACAGGAAUGGAGGCAUGAGGGGGGAAGUAGGGGAGGCUGUGGUGAAGGCCUUUGUGCACUUUCUUGCACUUCAGCUUAGGUACGGAACACAAUGAUGAGCAUCAACUGCUCUACUACAGAACGUCUGUUGGUUUCCUGAAUUUAAAUGCUUGGCUUACGGUUCCAGUAAGGUAGAGGAGAUUCCCACAUAUUCGAAUGUCCAGGUGCCCCAAAGAUCAGUUCACGUACAA